AUGGCACCAAAAGUAUCGAGCAAGGGAAGCAAGAAGACGGCCUCUAAGGCCAAGGCCCAGCGAUCUGGGGACAAGAAGCGAAGGAGGAGGAGGAAAGAGAGCUACAGCAUCUACAUCUACAAAGUGCUAAAGCAAGUUCACCCCGACACCGGUAUCUCGAGCAAGGCGAUGUCGAUCAUGAACAGUUUCGUGAAUGAUAUCUUUGAGAGAAUUGCAGCCGAGGCAUCCCGCCUGACUCACUACAACAAGAAGUCGACCAUCACGAGUCGGGAAAUCCAGACAGCUGUCCGUCUUCUGUUGCCAGGAGAGCUCGCUAAGCACGCUGUCAGCGAGGGUACCAAGGCCGUCACCAAGUACACCAGCCUCCAAGUAAGCUUGCCAAAACCCAGUGUUUUGCAAACCAACCCAACCGUCCUUCUCAGGACGCCAAAAUAUUUAAAAAGAGAUCAAUCGUUUACACUUUGA